CUCUUUAAUGCACUCGGCCAACCAGUCAAUUACUCAAGAAAGCAUUAGCCAGUUCAGUUGUAAACAAUCGACAGUACGACGAGCAUACCAAUCACUUUCUAAACCACCAUGGUUCGCCCGGUGCAAUCUGUAACAUUACUUCCUGUUUUAUUAGUGGCAUUGUGCAAGUUAGUCGUAACUGUACCCGUAGAAACCGUUGUUAUCUCAAUUCCUUCCGGAAACGCGAACGAUUCCGUAGUUGCUACUCCUGCUAAGGGUGAUUCUGUAUCUGAUUUAGGUAAUUCCGUUCCUAUUCAGGGUAAUUCUAAUACUAAUACAGAUGAUUUAGUUCCUGAUAAGGGUAAUUCCGUUCCAGAUAAGGAUAAUUCCGAUCCUAACAAGGGUAAUUCCGCAUCUGCUACACCAGCUAUAGACAAUUCCAUUCGCGAUAAAGGUAAUUCCGUUCCCGAUAAGAGUAAUUCGAUUUCUAAAUACAAUAGGGAUGCUAGGGAUGAUUCGGCGGUGUCUGCUAGUAAUGCUGCAGCGAGCAAUGGGACUGAGGAUGAUUCUGUGCCUGUGUCAACUGGCCCUAUAGAGUACUAUAAGACCAAGUAUGAUCACGUGGAUAUAGAGGCUCUGCUCAAUAAUAGGAGGAUGGUAAAUUAUUACACUAAAUGUAUGUUGAAUCAAGCACCUUGUCCUCCGGAUGGAGCUGAAUUUAAAAGAAUCCUGCCCGACGCUAUCAGAACCAACUGUAGACGAUGCACGGAAAAACAAAAAUCAGUCACAAUCCGAGCUGUCAAGCGACUGAUGAAGGAGUAUCCCAAAACGUGGAUGCAAUUAGCCAAAGCCUGGGAUCCCAAAGACAUAUACGUCAAGAAAUUCAUCUCGACCUACAGCAGCUGGGAGUACGAGCCCGUCACCACCCCCAAAAAUAUCUUCGCCAACAGAUUCGAUGACGGAGACGACGAAAAUAAUCCUAACAAAUUAUACAGCAACAACUCUAAUAACAUCCUAUUUAACAUUCCUCCCUUACCCACCAUACCUCCUAAGGUGUUGGAUCGGGUUGAACCAUUUGCUAACGGCAUUGGUGCUGGUUUCACAGCUACAAUAAAGAUGGUGAAGACGUUCGAGAAAUCGCUUUGGCAAAUGGCUGGACAAAAAUUUAGGAUACUUAACAGGAUUCUCGGCGGCUGACGCCAAAUCCUUAAAAAGACGACCAGACAAAACACGAACACGAUCAGACAGACGAUCAAACAUCGCAUAACUAAAAGAAGCUCUCAUCUCAAAUCGCUUAUUAGUUCAAUCAGGAGUGCCAUCCAUAUUUUUCAAUAAUACUUUUUAGAUUUUAGAUUUGGCUAAUUUUUUUCAGUCAGUUAUUUAUUAAAAUUGUCUGUCAAAAUAAGCCACUUGUAGAAUAGCUAAAUGCCAAUUUCAUAUUAAAGUUGGGGGUUAUUUAAACGAUUUAUGAAAACUUUAGUAUGGAAUAUUUAAUUGCAUGCAAACUGCAGGACUGCUUUAAUAUCAUGCUACGUCAGUUAUCAUGUCAUAUGUCAUUCUCAUAUCAAAACAGAUACUAACUGUAGCUAUGAUUUUCAUGGUUAUUUUACUAAAAGUUCCUAUUUUUAAUAUUGUUCAAUGCACAUGUCUCAGGAAUCAGAAGAAAUAUCUAAAAACAUAUGAAUAUUGACAGCAUUUCAUGAAAUUGUAUUAUCUCAAAAAUAACAGAUUUCUGUAUACUGUCCAAUAGAACUUUUGAGUAAUUUUCUCAAGACUUAUAUAAAGUGACUUUUUUAAUCUUAAACUAUAUCAUUUUAAUUAUAUUAAUAAUUUAAAUAUUUUAUAAUGUUUUGUUAUUGAUUCAAAUAAGUUUGAACCUUUUAUUAUUAUAAAGAAAUGUCAAUUAUUUUAAAGAAGUAG